UUCAACAGUGUCGGAUGUUAAGUGACGCCAUCCAGCACAGCCACUGGAGUGACUCUUGAGGCUUCAGUGGUCACAACAUGUUAAGAACAGCAUAUUUAUGUCGGAUUAUUUUCCUUAGUUUCUUGGCUGUUCUAGCUACGGGAGUGCAUGGUUUUCAGGAGGAUGAAUUUCUGGAUGGUCAGCUGACCCUGGUGGUGGAGGAUGCGCUUGAUGGGGGACCAAAUCCUGCCUUUUCUCCACGUUCCACAAUACACGUGCGCUCGGUUAAAUCGGGCAAUGCUCUGGUCACUCACAAUCGCCAGUGGACCACAGAACUAGAAAACAAGUUGCGGAAACUUGCAGAAAAUGAUGACUUGUAUCGUAUCCGAGUCCAUCACAAAGGGUUAGAAGACAAGGGAUAUGUGUCAACUUUUACAAAAGCUUGUCAGAUAUAUGAGAGUGGACUCUCAGAGACUGUGAGCAUGAUGGUAGACAGUGCUGGGACAUCAGUAGUGGGUGUAGGUCUGAUCCCUCCUGUGGCAGUGUGCCGAGGAGAACCACCAGAGGUUCCACCUGUACAGCACAACACGACAGUUAUCAUCAGAUCUCCUACUCCAGCUCCUGUACCGGACACUGCUACUUACAUUGAAAAGUUGGAGGCAAUGAAGAAUGAAAAGGCAGAAGGAAAGGACAACCGAUCCUUCCUAUCUAAAUAUUGGAUGUACAUUGUGCCAGUAGUGCUGAUCAUGGUCUUGUUCGGGGGUGGACAAGAAGGUGGACGCUGAUUGAGAGAAAUUCGGUUAAGACAUUUAUAUGUUAUUACUUUAAGUCUGAAAUUAACGUGGAUGACUCCAUGUGGUGUAGGCAUGUGCAGUGUUUACUAUCUCAAAGAAGAACUGUAAAAAUAGUUACUUUAGUCAUUUUUCCAUGUUGUAAUUAUAGAAUACAUUACAGUAAUCCGUUUUUACUACAGUAUUUGUAUAUACAGGUAUAUGUGUUGUAAAAACCAGAUCUGCUUCAGUUACUUUGUAAUAAAUUAAAAUAAUAUGUUGUCUUUCUGAGGAGCAAACAAAAACUAUUGUACCUCUAGUAAUGAGGGGAACUUUUUUAAUGUGAAUACAGUACAUUGUUUUUCUCAUGCUCAGUGUUUUACUCUUCUUGAGACAUAAUGGUCACAUUCACCAGAGGCUCAGGUCAGGUUUGUUUUCUCCUCUUUGAAAAUAUAAAUUAAAAGUAAGGUUUUGUGUGAGGACAAAGUAAAAUGCUGGGUAUUUAUGGAUUUAGUACAAGCUUUUCAUUUGUGAUUCCUGUAGUUUUUCUAAAAGUAUGUUUCAAAGUCCUAGAGAAAGGUAGUAAUUGGUGAAAAGAGAAAGGGAACGCCAAGGCUGGGAGGAAUCUUACAAUAGGAAUGAGGGGAUGGGUAUCCUGGAAACAGUAGAGUACUGUAUGUGAAUAAUAUGAGAGCUUGGCAAUCGGAGGUUUAUGGUGUUAUGAUAGUAAGAUGAAUGUAGACAAAAAAUUCCCAACCGUAUAUUAUUGUAGAAAAAAACCAAGGUCUUGGAGUUUUUGGUCAACAACAUAAUUAAUAGAUCAGUGUUGUAUACAGUCUAGCAGUGACAGGAUUAACCCUCUCUGGGCUUAAACAUGCCUUAUGGAGUUUUACCCCUCCUCUAAGAGCAUUGUGACCAGGUGCCUCAAGUCUAGUAAGGUUAAAAAUAUAGAUACAAAUAUUACUCAUUGUCCAUUGUAGGUUUUUUUUUUUAAGAAAAGACUGUCAUUAAUAAGAUUUUAAUACUGUAUGUAUUUUACAUAAAUCAUGUACUAUUGAGCAUCUUGUGCUUGUUUCAUUCAAGAUUGGAAUAAGACCAAAACAUUAUUUUAUACAAUAACUGCCUAACUCAGUGUCAUGUUUGAAUUUAAACCCAUGAUUUAGGCCAUUACAAACUACUGUACUAUCAUUGUCCACUAAACUAGACCCUCACUUAUGAACCUCCAUUUAGUAAGAUCCCUGUAGACUUUUCAUAAAGUUAUGAUGAGUAUUAGAGUAUUCUAUAUUGUAAUUUAUUUUUCCUAUGUACAGUUAUCUCCACAUGAAUAUACCACAUCUUGGGAAUGUGUUAGGGCUCAGGUACGAGAUGUGGCAAUGCAGUGCCAUAGUCAGCUGAAUGAAUGGAUGUGGAACAGUGAAAUUACCUGUUUUGUGUAGCCACACGGAUGCAUUCCCACAUCUCGUAUCUGUUCCUUCACACUCUCCCAGGCUGUGAUACGUUCAUGUGGAGGUAACUGUAUAUUUACUAACACCAACAUUUCAUUGCCAGCUCACCAUUAAUAUAAUAUGAACUCUUGAGAUAACCAAUUUAUAUUUAUUGUUGUAUGACUUGCAUCUUGUCAUAGGUUACUGUAUAGUGGUGUGUAUAAAGAAGAGAUUCCUUA